CGGUAGUGGCGCGUGGCCUGUCAUAAGUGUAACCAUCACGUACCCUUUGAGGCUCCUAAAUACUCUUCCGAACGCAUGUGACCAGUUGUUGUGUCGCGUGUAACCUAGAUUGACGCAGCGACGGAGGGGCAGCCUGAGGGACCGAACACCGAUUCCUGGAUAAUGUCUGAGGGCGGCAGUCGGGGCGACGUGGCAAUGAGGGUGAUCGCGAAAGUCCACAGGCCGGGGGUCACGCCGGAGGAGAUGGCGGCCGGCUACGACGAGUGGUCCGAGAACUACGAGGAGAUGAUGAUCUGGAAAGGCGGGUACCGUGGCCCCGCCAUCACGCUGGAGGAGGCGCUGCGUUGGGUACCCCCGGAGCGGCGAGCUAAGGCCAGGGUGCUGGACGUGGCCGCUGGGACGGGCUGCGUGGGCCGCGAACUCCACCGGGAAGGCUUCAGGCACAUAGACGCUGUGGACCCGUCGGAGGGCAUGAUGAAGCAGCGGGAGACUGGCAUCUAUACCAACGACUUCCUGGAGUUUAUCGGCAGCGGACACUCCACCGUGCCCAAAGGAGGCUUCGUGAUCAUCGUGAUGCGCCAUGAGUUCCUACAGACCGUGCCUUCCUACAAGGACAAGCUGGAGCCUUACAUGGACCAGCUGGAGGCGGACGGGAAGUGGAAGAAGGUGGAGCGGCGCAUCGUCCCAAACUAUUUCUGUGACAAGGAGGGCCUCGUCUUUGUCUUCCGCAUCACUAAGCCUGAAAGCUUACACCAAUGUCCCCGAAGGAACGCUGAGGACUGCAUCAAAUCGCGCCCGAGGCCUGGAAAACCGCACUGA